CAGGAACAGGAAGUGAUGGACUGUUAUGAAGAGUGAGUUUUGGAAUACAGUCACGGUUUGGAAGGUGCUUCUUCAAACAUGUAUAUCUUCCAGGUGGCUGCGUUAUUGAUAGCGUUGCUAUAUUAUGGCAAUGCUCAAACGUUUACUGUCGCUGUGAACUCCACCAUCCUGGGUUCAGAGUUGAGCGCAGACGGCUUGAAGCAGCUCGCUGCGGCAGUGGCGUCGCAGUCGCCCGUGUUUCAGCCUAGCCGCGGUUCCUAUUUUUCUCUCAAUCUGUUGUCGGCGUUUCCAGAAGAUCUGGAGGUCAGCGAUUACUGCGUCGAGCUGCUGGCUAUCUUUGGGCAGCGAUAUUCAACAUAUGUGAAUUGUUUGGUGUCCGCCGCGCGUCCUGUCAAAGUGUGCCAAAAUUGUUAUGGCACCUACGACAACCUUAUGGAAAUUUACACAAACAUAUCAUCAGACCAGAUGGGCCCAGGGAAUGUGAGCUGCAGAGACAGCCUCCUGCGUUCUGAUAGGCUGAUGUUGGUGUUCCUGCUCUACAACAACCUGAAGGACAUCUGGACUGGUUCAGAAUGUAACAGUUGUGUAAGCCUGGGACUCCACAGCCUGACCAAUGACACCCUUUACUUCAUGGCCACUCUAAACCAGUCCCUCAGAUGUUUUGAGAAGUUCCAACAGGGGAACCACUCAGCGCUAUGUAAGGAGUGCAAGACCACAUACAGAGGACUGAAUGAGCUGUACAGCCGCAUGGAGAAGAAUCGCACACUCUGCAUCGACAUUGAGGACUCUAUGAAUAUGACCCGCAGACUGUGGAGCAAGAAUUUCAAUUGUUCCUUCCCCCGGGCAGAGAAUGUUCCUGUCAUCGCCGUGUCCAGCUUCAUGCUCUUUCUGCCCAUCAUCUUCUACUUGAGCAGUUUCCUUCACUCGGAACAAAAGAAACGCAAGCUCAUACAACCCAAACGAGCCAAGUCCAACACCAGCCUCGUGAACAUCCAGGACAGGUUAAGCUGAGGAGAGAGAAGGUUAAGGAAGAAAGCGUUAUGAUGAAGAAAUGGAUGGGGAGGAAUGUUUGUCGUCCUCAGCCCCCUGUUCCUUUGGUUUGUCCAAAACCUCUCCUGGAUGCAAAUGUAAUUUCCUCUGUGACUGUGGUUUCAACCAGUUCUGCAACGACAGAGAAGUCAAAAAGAGCUCCCCCUGUGGGCGAGAAGGAUCCCAAUCAUCAGUAUUUCUUUUCCUAAGAUAUUAUAGCAAACGGAAACAACGGAAUAUUUGUAAAAGAUUUGUUAUAAUUGUACUGUUCAUGUCCCGCUUUGAACCACCUACCCCCACCCCACCCAUUGCUUUUACAACAAAAUACACACAAUAGAAAUGCACCAUGACUGCUGCUGAUUUAUAAGCAAGGGGGAGUUUAUUUUUUUGUAUUUCAUUAUUUAUCUUUGUGUCAAGAGAUGAGAAAUGGGUUUUGUCUCUCUCUACUGUAACGCCACUGUGACACGGACUGGCAGGCAGGCGGACUGGCAGACAGAAAGCACUUGAUGUCCCUUAAUGUGACAUACCUGCCAUGUAAAAGUGGAUGACAGCUGAGAUGGAGAGACACUGCUGAAAAAAAUAAAGGGAACACUAAAAUAA